GGCCACAGUGCCAAGGGAACUACCUCAGCACUCACUCGCCGCCUAGGGCACUGUGACUCUCACACUCACGCGCGAGCAUACACUUGCAUGCUGCCCGCAGGCCUAUGCGCUCUGAAAACCUAAGCAGCUCAGAGUUUGUGUAAAGAAGUUUGUUGGUUGGUUUGCCCGCCGCGCCGUGGGAGAGAAGGCUCGCUGCGUGCACGUAAAGACCGAUUCCAAGUUUAUCCUUCAGGUCCGCGGUCUACCAACUGAUCAGCCACCUUCACGACGUGGUGCUGAGGAGGGAUGAGGCUGGCAACCCCAUAGAGACGAAGCUGCACCAGAUCUCGUCCGAUCUCCACACCGUCAUUACCAACUACCUCCAGGACACAGUUGAGAGCAUGGUUAGGUCUGCACAAGACAAGUGUCCCAACGUCUUGAGCGAGGAGAAGGUGGUGGAUGACGUAAGGGCUGCCUGCCUGGCUAAGUCGCAGCUAUCAUCCCAGUUGGUAGAGACUGCCAUAGUGGAGCAGGCUGGUUCAGUCAUCCUCAACAAGGUGAAUGAAGUCAACCUGGCCAUUGCAUCAACUGUGUCUGAUAGGGUGAUUGAUGAAGUAGUCGACUCCCUGUCCAAAACGUGCAAGAACUUGCAAUCUGGUGAAGGGCCGAGGAAGAGGGCUUCGACGGGAACGGAAAUGGGAAGUCGUGAGCGAGGAAGCAGUGAGUCUUCGACACGCAGUGAACGCUCCGACACCGUCAGCCAAGGGGACGACACCACCAGCCAAAAGUCUGACCCGUCACCACUGAAAUUGGAAUAUUUGAAUCUCGCUACCCCGCAGCUUGCAUCAAAACGCAAGAGUCUCCAUGGAAGAAAGUUGAGGCCACAGAGUGUUGUAGAUUAUGCUGAUGUUCAGGCGGCCUUGAAACACCGAACUUCAGUCAGUCGAUCUAGUGCGGAAAAUUUUUUGAGUGACGGAAAUAUUACUGAUAGCAUAGACAUUUUAUGCAGGUCGUCAGAGAGUCUAGACAUGGACACGGUCAUACACUGGGGCAGAGAUGACAAUCUAAGAUACAAGGGGGAGCUGCUGAUGUCUCGUCCUCUGUCUUCCCCGUUAGAGAUCAGUCAAAGAUCACAAGAUUUAUCACACAGAGCACACAUGUCUAUGGGCAUUAUAAGUGGUUUGACUGAGGUAGACAGCAGUCAGUCCACGCGUGCUGUCAAGUCUGUUACGUUGCCCAACUAUAGCAAGGAGAAGGCUGAGUCAUUAGACAGUGUGUCGGAGUUACCAAGCAGCUGUGGACAACUGCAGCACUUGGGCAAGGCCAGACCUCGAAGAGUGAAGACCAGAGCCCCAACCAGACCCAUGGGCAGAGCCGAUCUAGUCGAGGAAGACCAUGACAUUUCCGAGGGCGUCGACACUUUCUUCAGGCCCGGGUCAUCCACUCCCACGACACCCCUCAUCUCCCCUGACUCGGAGAACAGCCCACGGCUACUCAAAUAUGGCUCCACCUCCUCCGUUGAGAGCUCCCCCCACACGGGCGGAGCGAGAACCGGCAGUGAGAGAGGCAGCAUUGAGUCACUCACGCGGUCCGACUCGCUGGCGCGGUCGGAGUCAGAUGUGACGAGGGAGAGCCCACGGCCGCGCACCAAGUCUCGAGAUACGGAGGAGGAAGAUGAGAUGGAAGAUGAGGACCAAAGCAUAGAUGAGAAGAGCCGCAGUGUAACCAGCCUGAUUGGAAGACGAGCCAAUGAACCGAUGCUGAAGAGAUCACCAGAUAUGAGUGCAAGAAAAGCCUCAACAUCAUCAAACAUCAGUUCUAUGGAUGACAAAAGCCGCAGUGAGGAAGAUGGGAAGGAAGAUUCUCCCCCAAGGAAAGUGGCUGGCUUGCCCAAGUUUGGAAUGGGCAUUGGAGGAAACAUCUUGGCGGAGAUGAAGAUGAUGCAGGAGAAAAGAACUUCUGUCUUACCUAAGGAUGAAGACAAGGAUCGUGAUGAGAGAAAGGAAAACCCUUCAAGCAGCUUGCUCGCAGGUGUGAGGCUGCGGUCCACAGGCCUCGCAGACAGCCUAAAGUCUCCUACCAAUGGCUUCCCAAGAGGAUCCAGUGGCAGCAAAUCUCCAAACUGUAAUAGGGAUUCGGUUAUUGAAAACGCAGGACCCAGCCCGAACACCAAGCCUGUGAUCGCCGCCCUCAAACCUAAGCCCCCUCCCCCUCUUGCACCUAAACCGCGACCCAAGUCUGUCAUUGGAGGAGACCAGAGAGCAGGUGAAUAUGAGUCCAGUGAUGCCACAGAAGAUGAGCAAACCAGCGCCCCCGUGAGGUCAGUGAGGGAGAUGGCGGCAUCCCUCGCCCGCAGUUCCGUCGGGGAGGAAGCUGGAGGCAAGAAAAAGUCCUCCUCUCUCCCCCGGAACACACCCCAAGCUGCCAACAGUGCAGGCCCAAAAUCCAAAGGGAAAGCAGAAGCCCAGAAAACCGCGGGCAUUAUUAAUGGCAUCUUAAAGGUUGAAAAGAAAAAGCGGGCACAGGCCAAAGGAGCUGGAGGAGACGUGGGUGGACGGUGAGCAGAGCACAGGAUCAAGCGCAGCCCCUCCCCUGCAUCGGCAGACGUCACACAAGCAUGUCCUCACCACUGAUCUAGCACUUGAAGAUGUUGUUAAUGUUUGAUUGUCAGAAUUGUUAUUUUGAUGAAGGAUUUUUUUUCCAUGUAACAUUGUUUCAUGAUAUUUUUCCCAUUCCAUCAUAGAUGGAACUACAUUUGUUGCUGAGGCAUAAUAAUGGUAAUGUUCAUUAUGACAAGUGAUGAAGAAAUUUAAUGUUAUGUCAUUGUGUGACUGGCCAUACAGUUUCCUUUUCCAGUGAAGUAAGUGUAACUUGCUGUAUUUUCCUUUCGUGGAUAAACAGCUUUCUUCAUGAUUGUAAUUCAUAAGGCUAUGAAGGGAAUUUUAUUUAUUGAGUUUUACUUUGGUUUAUAUAGUUAUUUGUAGUCUGCUUGGAUAGCAAGACUGCAGAAUCUACACAGCCACAGAGACAUCUGAUGCCAUGAUGCGAUGUUGGUAGGAUUGUUAUGGUGGGACAGCAGACAUGUGAGAAAAUCAAAUGCAUUAACAUCACGCUUGCUCUUCUGCAAAGAUCAUGAUAGAGGCAUUAUGAUUGGACUUUUUGGAGAUUAAUAUACAGCUCAAACUGUUCGUACAUUUGCAUUUAAAGCCACAUUUUCUCAAGUCUUCUAACAGGCUUUCACUAUUAAGGAUAAUCCUUAUAUGUCUGUAUAAAUGUCAAUAUAGAUAAUGUAUAGUCAAAGAUAUAGGUCACUGCCAGCAUUGGUUAUUCAGAAGGUCAUUCUUGAUGUACAUAAUAGCAGCACAAAAUUUCUUGUAGAUGAGGAAUUGCAUUUAUAAAUCAUUAUUUGUAUGUAGGUUUCCCAUCUUCCAAAGCACGGGACACGUUUCAUUCACAAUUUGUUGGUCAGUAUGUAGAUUAUAGCUACUUCAAUUUUUUAAACCUUUGUGAUUUUUGCUAGAAUUGUGAGGCAAUUUUCAGAUAUACAUUGGAUGAAAAUAGUUAUAUAAGAAUAAAAGAAAAAAUAGAGAAGGGAGGUAUUACAAACUCAUGCAUUUUCUCUUUCUGAAAAUUCUCAAGAAAUUCAUAUUGGAAAUUUUGACCUUUAAGUAGAGGAAUUUAAAGUCCUUAUAAAGAAUUUCUUGAGUCUUGACCUAAAGUUCUCUAAAGUGAGCGUCUGGACUGCAAUUAAUCUUUUAUUAAUGAGCUUUUAACCAUGUUAAGUUUUUAAUUUUAUGACAUUUGUUUUCCUUACAAAUGCAAGUACUUGUUUGUGUAUUAUGACCAAAUUGCAUGUAAUAUAGUAUUUUAUCAUUGUUUAUUUUUUUCUGUGAAUGGAUUUGAAAACUACUUUGGGAAAUUUUCCAAAUGAAGAAUUGCUAGGACAAAAAUGGACUUGUCAGUAGCUUUGUUGAAAUAUGCAUUUUUGUGCAUUGCAUUUUAUGUUUACAAGCAGUUUGUGAUGGUUAUUAUGAAUAAAGCAUCCUUCUCUAAAUGACAUGUUAAUAGUUAGGUCAGUAAUACAAUUUGAUUCAUAGUCAGGAUAGAUUAUUAGGUAUUGAUAUUUAAAUGUAAUUAAGUGUUUCCUUUUUUUUUCUUUUUUUACAAAGAGAAAGUAUUAAGUGCAAUCUGUUUUAUGUCUGCAGUUUAUAAAGGAUUUACUAUCAGUAUGUGGCUUGCUGGUCACAUUGUUUGUAAUGCUUUGCCUCAAUCUACUGAACGUUGAAAGUGGACAGUGUACUGUGUGGAGCCUGUUCUUACAGGCGUGAUAUAAAUAUUGUUACUAAAGUAAGAGUUGUAUGCUUGCUCUGUCAGAAAUGCAUUACAGCUUAUGUACAGCUUGUUUUGUUAAGAAAAAAAAAGAAAAAAAAAGGGUCUGUCAGAAGAGCUUUGUGCCAAGAAAGGUUGCAAGAGAAAUUUAUACUCCUCAUUAAAGAGCUGCGGAUGUCUUUUUAUGUCUUGACGUGUUAUGAUUGUGAUUUUCUGCGCUGAUUUUGAGGGUUCCUGAUAAGUGGAUGAUGAUAAUGAUGAUGUGGUGUAUCUGUGAUGAAUUUUGCUUGUGGUGUGACUUUAUUUGGUAAUUUGAUUUUGACAGGCAGUUUUUGUUUGUUUGGGGGGCAAGAAAAAAAAUUAAAAA